AAUCAUCUUCUAUGAGUAAAUGACAAUGUUUAUUAACGAACUAACUUAAAGUUUAGAAUAGCUAAGUUUGUGACGGGCAGUGUGACUAUUGAAAGUCCUUAUUGUGAUGGAUAGUGCUAGCGGUAACGUCGGUGAAAUGAGUCGGAGAACCGGAGAAUUUUUAAGGCGUAUCAACCGCUUCACAGAUGGCCCCAUGACGAGGAAGAAGCUGAUAAUACUCUUCCUAGUGGUCAUUUUCCUGCUCCUCUACAUUGGUCCAACUUUGAUGAGCUGGUUCUUUAACAGUGAGGAUUCGGCGUCGGGUCAGAGUUUUUGCCAGCAGCAAUUUUUAAAUCCUUUCCAGGACGCUAUCGGCGAUUACGACGCCUAUAUGAGACCUGAGAGCGAAGCUACAUUGUCCAGUGUACGACACAACUAUGUGCCUUAUGUCGGUAAUGGCCUAUUAGGCCUAGCUUUAGACCAUGAUAGUCAUAUUAAUAUCAAACAUGGGCGGACACUAUCGCUCCCCGUGAAAUAUCACCCUCUAUACAUCAUAGAGGAUCCAGACAUGAAAGAAUUUACUGUUGCUGAGUAUAAAAAAGGUAUCGUAAACAGAUUUCAAUGUAGUAAUAGUGGCUUACAGAUUACUUAUCAGUAUUAUGCACACAGAACGAUACCAUCACUGUUUGUGCAAGAAAUUUGGGUCAAUAAUCCAUCAAAUAAACCUAGAAAUGUAAAAAUUUCAACACCUAGAGUGUCAGACUGGCCAACAGCUGUCAAACAAACUGUAAAACUUCACCAAGGUGUGGACACAAAGGAGUAUGAGGUAGUCACUGGAAUGCUUGAAAUACCAGACAGUGAUAAUGUUAUAGCUGUUGCUAUUGUAUGCAGAAAACUUGGAAAUACAUUACAAAUUGAUGCUCGAGACGGUUUGGAUUUACUUAUUUUGACUACCGUCCAAUAUAGUCAGCCUAUAAAGAAAUCUGAAUAUGCAAAACAUAAGGAUAUAGUUGAAACUAAAGCUAUUUCAGAAAUGGAGAAGGUAAUUUCUUUAACCGGAGAUAGAGCUGCCGCUAAGAAACUAAAAGAGAACCAUGUCAGAGUCUGGCAGGGGCUGUGGUAUACAGGAUUCUACAUUUCAGAUUCAAAGGUUCAAGGCAUAAUAAAUGGAGACCGCAUUAAUGCUACUAUCUACUCCAUUCUGUCCCAAGUACAGAGUUACGAACAUGAGGAACAUAUAAAACCAAGGGAAAAGGCUGAAAUUUUGCGUACACUAACUUAUUCAGAGGGCUGUUAUGGAGGACAUUCAACCUUAGAUGCAUUUAAUUUGUGGAAACCUUUGAAUAACCUAGAAAACUUGAAUAAUGUUGCUAGUGUUUGGUUGUUGACGUUAGAAAAACAUGGCUGCCACAAACUCCUCAAAGCCGGAGCUAGUGGAGUCAACCAAGCAAUGAUACUAAGCUUUGGAAGCUUACGAUUCAGCAACCAACAUCUUGAAUACAACAUCCAUCCUUCUAAACUACACAGAGACUUUUUAUUCCGCAGAGUCAACUACGGAAACAUGACACAUGUUAACAUAAGUGUAAUAGUCCAAGAAGACAACAAAGCAGCUAUAUUUGUAGCGUUAGAUCGUUCUGACAAGACUUAUUAUGCUUGUGACGCUGGCUGUCUCGACUCUCCAGUGCAACUUGGUCCGUACAGGAAAUACUUUCCAGUGAAAUUGACUGAUCCGUUAACAGCUAUACUAUAUAUAACAGCAGAUCAGCAGCAUAUGGAAGAACUAAGGCAUGCUAUUCAUGUUGUUGAAGUAGCGGAAGCCCCAGCGCAUGAAAAUCAUGUAAUCGCCAUGCACAAACACGGUCACAGUCUAGGCGGAUUAAAUCCUCUAUUCUGGAUAUCUAUAAUAGCUCUAAUCGUCGUCUUCCACUUAUUCUUAUGCCGGAUAAUCAUGAACGAGUUCUGCGGCAGUGGCGUAGCCUACAAACGCCUGUAUAAUAAGCCUUGAAGUUGCCUUAUAAAGUGCUUAGCUUGACUGAUUGACCCUAGAUAUAGGAGAUGCUGCGCACAGCACAAUCAAAACAAAUGACUAUCUAAUCUUUAUGUUUUGACAGAUAAAGGUCUGGGAAAUGUGCAGUGGUUUAAAUAAUCAGGGCUACCGCGUUUAAUUUCGCCGCUAGGGGCGCUAGCAUAGAUGGAGGUGUUUCAAAAUGUCAAAUGCAUAGAAGUUUGCGGGGUUUUAAGCUUUUUUAUCGGGAAUUUUCACUCCUUAUUCAUAAUUGUGGUAAAUCUUUGUCCAUCUUUGAUUAAUCAUGGUAAACCAUAGAUAUUGCUCAAUAAAUAUUAGUGGUUUAAAACAAUGCCAACUAAAAUAUAUGCAAAAUUAAACAUGUUGAAAAAACGACUCAUUUAGACGUCAAAAUACCUUAUAUUGAUUUUAUAAAAAUAAGCAUAGAAGAAUUGUGAGAUUUGUUUUUCUGGACUUACAUCUACAGUGGUGAGCACAAAAACGGUAGCCCUCAUUUGUAGUAACCAAGUGUGACGUCAUUAACACAAGGGCCCGUUCAAACCUUGCCAAUAUUGCAUGCGAUUUGUGAUACAUUGCGGCAUUUGAUGGAUCCAUGGAUUUCGAUGUAUUUUAGAAGCUGGCAAUGUAUUGCAUUUCGCAUGCAAUUAUCGAUGUGGUUUGUAGAGAGAGGCCCUAAGAAUUCUAAUGAUAAAAUGGAUCAUUGUUGAAUGUUAUGAAACAAAUAUUUUCUGUCGCUUUUUGCGUCACAAUAUUCUAUCGCUUAAAAAUAUCAAGGUCUUUUGUUGUAGGUAUAAACCUUUACAUCCCAGGUAGCAAACUUAGCAAAGUGACUUCAGCGACGUACGAAUCACGUCAUAAUGACGUAUAAAUGCUACCUGGGAUAUAGUGCCACACUAAGCAUAAGUGCAAUAACUCAUUUUGAAAUAUCAUUUAAUUGUUUACCUUGUUCUCUACUAAUACUUAUGCUUAGUGUGGUAGUAUAAUUUGUCAUAAUUUGUGACAUUUUCAAUCAAAAUGUACCACAUUAUCGCUUACCAUAAGGACGAAAUUAGAUUGUAUCUUUAUACGAAUAACCUGUCAGAGCAUCCUUAUGGCAAGCGACAAUGUGGUACCUUUUGAUUGCAAACGACACAUUUUUGUUGUAAAGCGAUGUAGGCAUCUUUACAAUUGAAAAUCGUCCUAAUGGAGUCCUAUACUUGGGCUGGCACUCAAAACAUAUUGUUAUUUAUAUUAUACAUUAUAAAUAUAAACCUUACAACCUUAUAUAUUAGAAUUCACGAUGCCAGUUAAUGUACAAUCUCCCUCAAAAAUAUCUAAAUAUGCACUUCAACGCCUUAAUAACAGAUUCGUGUUCAAAUAU